CUCUGUCUGCCUUUUGUGAUGUCAGCGCUCAUGUCAAUGGUGGAAGCUUACGCAGCAGCGCUCAGGCUUUCCAAACCUAGAGCCUUCCUUUGUUUGCUGGCUCUGCGCUAGCAACUCAGCAUUUGACAAUGGCGGAGUUUGGGAAGGCCCCUCUUUUCUCUAUGACCACUGCAACGCUACCCCCCCAAUCCUUCCACUACAACGCAUCCAUUGCGGAAUGGGUGCCAGCCGCCAUCUUUGGAGCGGUGGCCAGCCUGUCUGUCUUCAUUCUGUCUGCCACGUACAGUCCGUUGCUGGAGGCCUACCGGAAGCUGCCACCUAUGAAGAAAACCGAAUGGGAUAACAGAAUGUUCUCGACCACGCACAGUCUCUUCGUCACUUUUGCCGCCAUCUCUUUCUUCCGCUCCAGCCUUUUCCUGGAGCCCUCCCUUGCAAAGGACGACCUUGUGAUCCUCCGUGCAACGCCCUUCACGUUUGCGGCUUUUGGACUCUCGUUGGGAUACUUCCUUCUCGACAUUGCAAUGAUGACCUUCUACUACCCCGCCUUGGGAGGCGCCGAGUAUUUGGUCCAUCAUGUGGCGGCCGCACUUGCCAUUUUAACCGCGCUGGUUACAGGCAACGGUCACGUAUUCAUCAUGAUUGUUUUCGUCACGGAGAUGACGACACCCUUCGUGAACCUGCGGUGGUACCUGAGCAACAGCGGCCUUCGGCAAUCCGUAUGGUACACGAUCAACGGCGUCUUGCUCUUUGUGGGCUGGCUGACGGCCCGAGUGCUCGUCUUCCUGUACUUGUUCUGGUACAUGUACGAUCAUCGAGAUGAGUUGCACGUCUUUACGCCGACUCAAAAGGCUGCCCUCUUUGGCCUUCCGCCGAUCUUCUUCGUACUGAAUCUGUACUGGUUCCUACGAAUCCUGGUGGGAAUGCUUAAGCUGGUCUUCGGGCCCAAGGCCAAGCGCGCGUAGUAAACCGGUGGGGCCCAACGUUCGUUCAACUAGAAAAGCUGCCCACAAAGGCUUUGCUUAGGACGGUCGCGGAAGGAUUUGAGCCUUAGGGUAGCCACAGAGGGGAUUUUGUACAUGCGGUAAAAUAUAGACUCAUCACCAGGUGUUGUCGUAAUUCGCAAUCAGUAUAAAAUCUUGUAAUCUAGAAUCGAAGCUGGAUGAAAGUCACCCAAUAAACCUGCAUUGACAACGCUCUCAGCAGGUAUGGAAAUAAGUUCUGUGGCGGCGGCUGACCGGACCGCCAUGGCUAUCAUUUGCCGAUCAUAAGAAAUGCUCAGGAGUCAGGAGCAGACACAGCAACCGCCCCGGCGGCCGGCUCAUUGAAAACUCAGCUUAAUGCACUAUUGCU